AUGAUGGAGACGUGGAGAAGACCAUACAAGCCCCUCAUGGACGCAUUGCAGCGCUAUAUCGACGAGCCGCGCACCCUCCACGCGAUCCUGACGUACUACUACAAGGCUCUCCAGGACGUAGAAUGGACUUUAACGUACAAUGAUGGCCUACCUGUUGGUUUGUAUGAGCGUAGAGUCGGUCAUAAUCGCACUCUCGACAGGGAAUCCGCACGGCUUUGGGAAUCGCACCUCGUGUUGCGUACAUUCGAUAUAACCUUGGGCAGGUUGCAUGCGCCUCACGACGUAAAUCAUCAAGAGCUAUGGGCCUACCUGGCGGAUCAAUGGCCGCGGUACCGUUUACCUAGGGCACGCGAAUCCGCGACAUACUACUCCCAUAGACGCAAGCGCAACUUCCAGGCAAAUAGCGGCAAGAUGUUUCUCCUGCUCUGUACACAGCAACACUUGAAGGCCACUCGUACUCAAUGGGCAAGGCUCGAAUAUCUCAUCGCCUACCAGCCACAGCUUGCCGAUCCGCCGACGAAUUAUCUUCAACAAGUGAGGGAGUCGGUGCCAGGAGGGAUGUACGAAUUAAACAAGAUGAUGGCUCUAAGCCUGGAUGACGAUGACCGCGUGCAGGUUUUGAAGAUAUUCUUCCAGAUAGGAGUCAACAUAGUCGACAUAUGGGUGUCCUUCCGAGAGCCUUCGCUAUGGGUGUACCGCAGUGGCUUGGCGCAAACAAUCAAAAGCAUUCAGAGCGAACUCCGGGGUCCUCUGUCAGUAAUUUCGGCUGAAGCAAAGCGUAACAUUUGCAAGAUCAAUAUCCGUGGGGUGUGGGCCUUUGUUUGGAACGAAGUACGACGCCUGAGCCAAGCGGAGCAUACUCAUCCUUCGGAUCUGGGAUGGCGAAUAUACGCUACAAUCAUCAAAGCCGCCACAGUUCCUAGUGAGGGCCCUGAUGGCAGAUCCAAGCACGUCAUUCGGCGCAGAUGUCAAGUCCAGCCUGAUAAAGUUCCAUGGUUUCGCCCAGACGGCUUCUGGGGCCACAUGGGCUUCCUUUUCUUCCUUCACGGUUUUGGACCCAGUGGACGGAGCCGGGGCGAUAAAAUCAUCCUCGACGGGGCAGAGGCGCAGUUUUUCGACCUAGAAGCCGAACUUGCAAGGCCAGCCAAGUCCCCGCGUCGUGUAGACACCCGUCAAUCUGCUACUCAAUCCCGCGCACAUGUUGCGAUGCAUUCGCUCCUGUUAGAGAUGCCAACCCACAACGGAGAGUGUGCGGUUUGCAUGGAUUCACUCUGUUGUCCGCAAAAGCGAGCCGUCUCAUUGCUUUGCUGUGACCAUGAGUUCCACGAUGAGUGUAUCGGCGGCUGGAUCAGGUCCUCAAGCGCGAUGUCGAACACUUGCCCGCAGUGCCGAAAAGUAAUCUGCUGA